GUGUUCUGCCUCCCAGUCAGUAAAACCUUUGCGCUGCCUUCACACACACUCAUUCAAACGCACGGCUGUCUCUGGUAUAAACUCACGCCACAGCAUUGUGUGUGUGUGUGUGUAUGUAUGUGUGUGUGUCUCAGGAUGAGCGUCUUCAGGCUCGCUGCGUGAGGAAAUUCUUCGUCCGUCCAGCAUGUCUUCCCCAGGCUCGGCCGACAGCAGCAAGAGGAAUUCCUCGGAGCUGGAUGCUCAGAGGGUUCCGGAAGCAGAUGCUGGACCACCGCAGCAGCAGCAGCAGCAGGUGAAGUGGAAGGACAGGCAGAAGUUCUUUGAGGAGGCGUUUCAGCAAGACAUGGAGCACUACCUGUCCACCGGAUAUCUACAGAUCGCUGAGAGGAGAGAGCCAAUAGGAAGUAUGUCGUCUAUGGAGGUGAACGUGGACAUGCUGGAGCAGAUGGACCUGAUGGACAUGUCUGAUCACGAGGCUCUGGACGUCUUCCUGAACUCAGGAGGAGAAGACAACAGUGCAGCUUCACCUAUGCUUGGUCCCGAUGUGGAGUCGUUCACCACUGAGAUCACACUGCAGGUUCCCACGCAGGCCGAGCUCCGGCACAAACUGGCCUCCCUCUCCUCCACCUGCACUGACUCCGCCAGCCAGGACACAGAGGCCGGAGAGGAAGAGGAGGAGGAUGAAGAAGAGGACAGAGGAGGAGGAGGAAUAGGAGGACCCCAGCUGGUGAGGAGAGAUGAAGGAGGAGUCUGUGGAGAUUCUUCUCUACCACAACCAAAUCCACCAAGAGCCAAGAACUGUGCGAAAGGCCCCCUCUCCUCAGCCACAUAGAGAUCAGAGGGAGGAGGAGAGGAAGGGAGGUGAUGGUGAAACUGUGUGCUAUGCACUCGCUGCGUGAGAGAAGGUGUUUUACGUCGGUCGUGUUUUAUGACCUUCUUGGAUUUUGUACAGAAAUUCCUCGUUUUGUGGCGUGCAGUAUUUCACCCCAUUCCCCUGCGAGUAAAUGUUUCUCCCUCCAGCUGCUGCCUUUACCUGUUGUUCAGAUAUACAGUAUAACUAAUAUAUAUUAAAGGGUCCGUGUCUUACAGGUCAGUCGUAUUGUAAUUUUCUUCUUGUCUACAGAUUUAAAACACCUUCUUACAAUAGAACAGUCUUAAAAACUGAUUUCUGUGGGAUUAAAAAACUGUUGGAAUUAUACACUGGAGAUGAAAAGGCAAAAAUAGAAAAUACUUGUUGUUUUUUAAACAUAUAAAAGAUGGGCAGAGCUGCUCACAAUACUGCACCCAGUCAGCAGAGCUGCUAGAGAUGUUGUAGCUUCACUUUUAAAAGGUGUUGCACUGAUUAUGCUUCCAUAUGAUCAUUGGUAUCAAGCAGACAGACCCUAUGGAAGCCCUGAAAGGACGGGAAAUAAAAAUGUUUUAUUUUUAUUAUUAUUAUUUUUUUGUCAACAUUCAAGUUUUCGGUUUGUGUAUCCAUCAAAUCCAUUAAAAAUAUUUCCAGAACAAACUA